AUGAACUUUUUCCAACCACGCAGCGCUGGAGCAACACAUACAAAGGCCAACGUGCCUAAAAAGACCAACAAACCAUGGGUCGAAAAAUAUCGACCCAAAACUAUGGACGACAUUGCGUCGCAAGAGCAAGCCGUUCUUGUCCUAAAGAAAGCGUUGCAAUCAGAUAAUCUUCCUCACUUGUUGUUCUACGGGCCUCCAGGUACCGGUAAAACAUCGACUAUUCUCGCAUUGGCUCAUGAGCUUUACGGACCGAUCAUGCGAUCACGUAUUCUUGAAUUGAAUGCUUCAGACGAACGCGGUAUCCAGAUUAUCCGAGAAAAAGUAAAAGACUUUUCGCGAUCCACAGUGACCCAAACAGUCAGCGGCUAUCCUUGCCCACGAUUCAAGAUCGUCAUUCUUGACGAAGCCGAUUCCAUGACCAACGAUGCGCAAUCGGCCUUGCGACGAACAAUGGAAACUUACUCUGCCACCACUCGAUUUUGCCUUAUCUGUAAUUACGUUAGUCGCAUCAUUGAACCUAUUACAUCCCGUUGUGCCAAAUUCCGCUUCAAACCAUUACCGAUGGACGACUUGACUUUACGAAUUAAUAUGAUUUGUGACAGCGAAAAGGUCAAAUUAGCUCCUGGUGCGAUGGAUGCAUUGAUUCGGGCAUCCAAUGGUGAUUUGCGAAAAGCGAUUACUUUCUUGCAGAGCGGUUCCAAUUUACACAAGGACGAAGACCUCACUUCCAAAACCAUCAAUGAAAUGGCUGGUAUUAUCCCACCUGAAACCUUGAACAUACUUAUCAGCACAUGGGAGACCAAUGAUUAUAAACAAAUCCAACAAGCGAUUCAGACAAUGAUGAAUGCAGGCUACUCUGCCGAAAAUAUCCUGACUCAGCUUCACGAAGAAAUUGUACGGAACGAAAAUCUAACAACCCUGCAAAAAUCCAAGAUAUCCCAAGUUCUUGCCAACGCCGACAUUGAUUUGAUCCAUGGCGCAGACGAACAUUUACAAAUUCUGAAUCUCAUGCUUUCUAUUAGCUCCAUCAUCGCCGAAUAA